GACGUCAGCUGGAGGCAGAGCCUGUGGUUUCGGCCGCGCAGCCAAAGCCUUGUGAGAACCUGGUGGAUGCUGGAUUUAUCCCCAACGCCGCUGCCGCUGCUGCCGCCGCUGCUGUUUCUCAGGGGCUGCCAGAGCAUGGACUAUUAAAAACUUGCAUUUCUGCGGUGUGAGGUAACCAUUUGCUUUGUGUUCUCGUCAGUUAAUAUUUUGAAACCAAUAUGGGAAAGCAAAACAGCAAACUACGCCCUGAAGUCAUGCAAGAUUUGCUAGAAAGUACAGACUUUACAGAACACGAGAUCCAGGAGUGGUACAAAGGCUUCUUGAGAGACUGUCCAAGUGGACAUUUAUCAAUGGAGGAGUUUAAAAAAAUAUAUGGGAACUUUUUCCCUUAUGGGGACGCUUCUAAGUUCGCGGAACACGUGUUCCGCACUUUUGACGCCAAUGGAGAUGGAACAAUAGAUUUCAGAGAAUUCAUCAUAGCCUUGAGUGUAACGUCAAGAGGUAAACUGGAGCAAAAGCUGAAGUGGGCAUUCAGCAUGUACGACCUUGAUGGGAACGGCUACAUCAGUAAGUCAGAGAUGCUGGAAAUCGUGCAGGCAAUCUAUAAGAUGGUUUCUUCUGUAAUGAAGAUGCCAGAAGAUGAAUCGACACCAGAGAAGAGGACAGAGAAGAUCUUCCGCCAGAUGGACACCAACCGUGAUGGAAAGCUCUCUCUUGAAGAGUUCAUCCGAGGCGCCAAGAGCGACCCAUCCAUAGUCCGGCUCCUGCAGUGUGAUCCCAGCAGCGCCGGGCAGUUCUGAACCCGUUCUUUGGAUGAAUUAUGUAUCUGCUUUUUGUUUUUUCCUUGCCAAACAACAUUCAUGGUAGUGUUGCCUCUGUAUGGCCAAUUAUGCCUUCUUUUGUGGCAUCUUAUAGCUUCUUUUGUUGUGGAUUAAUAUAAGAAUGCUGAAUUGCUCUUAACAAUUUGUCCAGAGCACAGGCAGUACUGUUAUAAACAGAUAUUGUGGUGUUAUCAUUGUUUUAAAGAUUUUGUUUUGUUUUGUUUUGUUUUUGUUUUAACGUGUCUAUUUUGGAAAGCAGGGUUGAGAAGGAGGAAAUAAAUAACAAAACCCUUAGCAGCAAGACACACUAACAGAUUUUUAGACUGCUGCUUUAGUAGCUAAGUAUUCACCUGCAGUACCUGAAAGUGUAGCAUAGGUUGAACCAAAGGGGUUGUGAUGGGAAGGAUUCACCUGCAACCUCCCCUCCUGUCCAGAAGGCACCAGUUAAGGUCAAAGACAGGACUGGGAAGAAGUAGAAAAUUGCAAAACAGUCGUGAGGUGUAUUGUCUGCACCCCUGCUCCUACACCUCAUUGUUUCGAUGCUAUGAACAUUUUCCAGGUCACAAAGGAGAAGGGGAAAAAAAAGAGAUGGACAGUUUUUCCUAGGUUUACAGUGUUUGAUUUCACAUGGCUUUAUCUGAAAAUUCAGCAACUUGCAAUCCUGAUCCCCAAAUCCACAACUGACUAUACCUCUUGCCGUUUGGGAUCAGCAAGGACAGACACAGAUACGGAAAACUGGGUCUUGGCAUUGAAUAUAAGAAGGGAGAUACACGUUGAAUGUGAAAUUUUCAGGUUAGUAAUGAAGGAGUUUCUACUAAGGAGAGUGGGCAUUCACAUGAUGAACUCGUGGACAUGCAGCUCCAGCCGAGGCACAUCUGCUGAUCUGAAUGCUCUUGGGUAGCAUGAAGUUUUGGGGGUGUUUUUGUCUCUCUCCAUGUAGCUAAUGGAGUUUCCGGGACUGCCCCUUAGGGGAAGGCUGUCAUCAAAACUUGUUUUAAACAUAAAAUUGUAGCAUUUAUAUUUCAUUUAUUUUAGUAAAGUUAAAAAAAAAUCUGUACUGAACUGAGGAAAUGGUACGCUUUAUGGUAUAUUUAUAUAUAUAUGAAAAUUAAAACAAAAAAAGAUCAGCUCUUGAGAGAAAUGUUGAAUGUUUAUCUUUUCUCCUAGGUGCAGGAGUUCUGAAAUUUUACUGCUGCAAGACUUUAUCCUUUGCUCAGAGUUGCUGUAUGCAAAGCCAGUACACAUCCGUGGGGUUUCUUAGGGACUUCACAAGCGCUGCUGCAAUGGAAAAGCUUUAGUGACAGGAGGCAUUAUGCUGACUAAAUUGGCAUUAAUCUGUCAUUAGCUAAAGUCUGCUCUGUGAUCCCGUUGGAAAGGUGGCCAUGUAGGCAGUGCAGGGCCUUGGGAAUUGGUGAGCUUGUUAGAGUAACCUUUGUCUGACAGGCAAGGUUGGCGUUUUGUCAAGUGACCUUGUAGAUGCUAAUCCCCAGUAGCCUUAAUUUAAAAUAAACCAAGUCAACUUAGUCUGCUUUACAGAUGAUGAUUAGCUAAAUACUAAUUAGAAGUCAUGAAAAAAGUAGCCAAAUACUAAUAAUUUUUUGUUGAAUACUACCUAGCAUGUACAAUAGCUGAGACCAAAAAAAUCUCAGACUUAAUUUUCCAAGUGCAGAGCAUAUUAAAAUAAAAUAAAAGUAAAUUGAAAAUUGAAUAGCUAAUCAGUUGUACUAAAAUGAUUAUGAGUAGCUAAUUACACUCAGUUAUGAAGACACACCUUUGUCUCAAACAAAAAAUCACAGAAAUACAGCCAAUGAUAUAUUCCCAUUUUCUUAAUCAAAAUACUGAGGGGGGAAUGGUGGAGGGUUGGAGUGAGAAAGCAAAAAAGGCCCAUUCGGAGUCACCAAGAGAUUUCAAUCCUUACUGCUUUUAGCUGUUACAAGCAUCCCUGUUAAAUUUUGCACUGAUUCUUCCAGCUGAUAGAAAUGUUCUGUCUUAGCUCUUUCUCCCUAAAUUUCAUUAGAUAUUCUGUGCACAAAUCAAACCCUUCAAAGGACAGCCUGCACCUGAUUUCUUCAAGGUAAUUUUCUGCUUUACCUGCAGAGGUUCCGGCCCUCUCUCCCAUAUCCAUCAUCAGUUCAUGUAUAUUCAAAGCCAGGUUCCCUCCUGGGUGCUUUGAGGGCUUUUAUCAGCAGGACCAGCCUGGCCAGACUCCAGGCUGCAGGAAGCUCAGUGGACACAAAAUGAUCAACACCCCCUCUGUCAGGAACCACCCCACCCCAUCCCACUGUUGCUCCAUCACCACCAUCACCUGUGGGGCAAGGCUGGGUGAUGCCAGAGGAAUCUUGGCUUGGGUGCAGGCAUCCUGACCCAAAGCAGCCUGGGCCUAAGAAGCUGCCAUCUACUGAGGGUGAACCUGGGUAACCUGUGCAGUUCCAUCUUCUUUCUGUGAAAACAGUUGCAUGUGACUGAAACCUUUAAACCAUUGUCUUUUGUUUGGGCAACUGCAUUCCAUCUCUUUUUAGUUUUGUAAGAUAUUUCUGUCCCAAAACCUAAUCUUUCUGUUUGUUUUUGCUCAGUAAUUUUAGGACCAGGCUUGCUUUACAUGUGAAUGCUGUAAAACACGUGUUUGAAAACACAACGUGUGAUAUGACCCCAGGCCAGCAGAGAUGUAAUUCUUUCCACAGUUGACAAAAUCUGGAAGAAUAAGAAUUAGCCUACAGCUGCAGAGGACGUAGCUGGAGAUAAGACUAUAGUAUAAACAUUUAGAGAGUGAACUGAGGUUAUUCUUCUACCUGACUACCACUGGUGUUUGGUAUUGUUUUAAAUUAUUAACUGUCCCUUUCUUUCUCUGCUUCUGCAUGUGCUUUAAAAGUGAUCCAUAGCUGGAGUUGUGAUUGAAGCAUCUGCAGACCUUGGAUCAGCAGGACAGGAGGGGUGUGCUGUGCCUCGGAUUGGAAUUUUCUGCUUUCUUGCCAUUCACAUGUGCAGUUGUAGCUGCCUUCAUAAGCCAUCUGAAGACAAAAUGGCUGUAUAUUUUUCCUGUAUAAAAUAGCACAGGAAAUUAGACAUGAAAGUGUGAUCCAUUAGCAACAUUUCCAUACAGGAGGAUGGCAGGUAGCCAUCACCUCUCUCACCUAUUGCACAUCACCUCUCAAAUUUGUAGAAACAUCUCCACUAUUAGUUGCAUGUGAAAGAGGUGGCCCUCACUCAUAUGCUGUCCAAGUGAAUUCAUGUGUACAUCCUGCUUGCAGGCUGAACCCAUGGAAGAUGUCAGUCAGCUUGCCCAGCUCUGGGCCAGAAGAUGUGAAGUGAGGACUAUGGCUUGUUCCAUCUGCAGCAGCCUGUCUUUGGUUUAAGGGUGCUUUGGGAAGGGAAAUGGGAACACAGCCCUUGUAAAACCAGCAUGCAUGUGGUUUUGUGAGAACAAAUGGUUUAUGAGGUUUAUGUUUCAACAUUAUGUGAAGCCCUUUGAGUUCACAGCAGUGGCUGUUCCUAAGGUACAUGGAGCUGUGCUGGUCCUCUUGCUGUUAUCAGGAGCUUGUAAGAUUUUUACCUUGUUGGAGCAUUUUGUCCUUUGUUGUUCUCUGUUUUAUAGCAUGACCUCCACAUUUUCUAGACACUGCUGCUAAGAACGAUGAGCCAGAAGUAACGUCUGUAGCAGAAGUAUUGCAGUAUUGCACACUGGCACACAAAGUGUUCAUGAGUCUCCAAGUCCCCAUAGUGUAAUAGCUGCCCUAGGGGCUGAGCUCCUGGGCUUUUCUGCAUGUGCUCUCUUCACUGAAGGCAAACAUGCAAUAAGGCAGCUUAGCUUAAUUUUCUUUCACUGCAGACCAAGCUAAGUCUCAUUUGCUGUGUGCUGGAAGCACACCCAUGGGCAGAAGCCUCAGCUCAGCUGACUCAUGGAAAGUUGGUGAACUGCAGUAACUUGAUGCUGAGCCCUAAUCCCCAGCCUAAGCUGGGUGAGAGCAUGGCCAGGGCCUUAUGUCCCACUGUGCAUGUGAAGUGGGGAACACAGUGACAAGUGGCAGGUCCCUGGGGACACGUGGCCAUGGGGAGGGAAUCCCCUGCCUCAAAACAAAUGUCCUGAGCUCAGCUCAGCUGUCUCCCUUGUUAUAAAAUUCUCUUUUUUUUUUUUUUUUUUUUUUUAGCAACAGUGGUGAAGAUGCAACAUGAUAGCAAUAUAACACUGUCAGGAUAAAGAAGGCAUCCUUCAAAAGAGUUUCCUUUUCAAGCCUUGGGAGCAUCAAGCAAAACAAGCAGAGAGGAGGGCUGGCCAAGACCUCUCCCCAACACCCACUCACACCAGCACCUCCUUUUGUCUCUCUCAUGGUGCUUCCUAGGUUUCCUGUGGUGAGAUGGCCCUUGGAUACAGGAAAUAGGCUUCAGCUAACUGGAGCAAGACCAGUGGAGAUGAAUAUUUUACCUGCUCUUUGCACUAACAUUUGGAUGCCCUCUUUGCUCUGUGUUUUGCUGCCUGGGCUCUCACGUAGGACUCUUUCCGUGGAAGGAGGUGGUUUCCUUGGUAUAGCGGGCAGAACUUGUCCUUAGAGAGGCAGAGAAACUUGGCAAGCUCAGGCAGUUGAGCAAUGCUGGGAGAUGCAUGUGGAGUUUUCCAUUGACUGUGCAUCAGACAGCUAAGAUACAAAGCAGUGAUGUGUCAGGCUCCUGGUGUGAGGUGUGCUGAGAUAGGGACAGACCAGAAAUUUCACCUUCUAGCUGAGCAGCUCUGCCUGCUGUGUACACAGUCAGAGGCACCAACAAAAUACACUUUUAAACACCUUUUGCAUGAACAUGCAGCUGCAGGAGAAUAACUCUGAUCUUUCCUGAGUAAAAGUAAGUGAGCUUCUUGCUGUGCCCUGGUUAAAAUCCAAACAAAGAGCUUCCAGGAAGAGCAUGUGGCAUUUCUUACGUGUAACUGAGGGCAAAACAUUGUCAGCAGGACCUUUCUUCCCUCUCAUGGUAGACAAGAAGGGAAAGCUCCAUACAAAUCUCAAAGCCCAGUGACCAUUUUGCAGCCUGGGGGAGAUGAAAAAAGCGGCUAUGUUUUAAGUAGACAGAGGAAAAAAGCAGCAAGGUUGGUAAAUUGGCAUGGAAAACAGUGACAACAGAUCAUCAUUGAGGGGCUGCAGAAGCCUCUGGAAUUCAGAGCAGUAGAAAUAUCAGUUGGAUGCAAAGUCUACUUCCUCAUCCCGUUGCAGAAACCAUCCCUGCCUAUUAUGGGUGUCUCAGCUGGUUGCACUCCUUAUUACAGCCUAGAUUUUGUUGCUGUUACUUUCCUAUCACCCACAUUGAGAAGCUAUUUCAGGAGGGGGGAGUGUUACAGCAUAAGACUUAAAGCUUUUCAGGUAUGCUCUCCAUAUCUUAAUAAGUAACAGCUGGAAAGGCCAGAUGUGAGGGGCUUCUUGCAAUGUACAGAUUUGAUUUCCCCAUUACUCCUACAGGUGAUGUGUUGUUUUAACAUGUAUAGUUGGGAUUAAGGUAUAGUGUAAAAUGCUGACUAAUGCACAAUAAACAAGGCAAAAAAAGAGCCUGGGUUGUAGCAAACAGUGUGAGAAGACUAGAGAGAUGAAAAACUGGAAGAGAUAUCACUGCUUCUCUAUCAGGGCUUGAAUUUGCAGCAGUCAGCCCAGAAUAGCUCCUUGCUCACAGCCCAGUUUGAGGGCUGCUUCAUCCCCAUGUCACACUGUGCUGAGUCUCAGGAGUCUGUGUCCUGAGCAGAAGUGGUCAUCUGAGCUUCUUGAGCCUGCUGAGUGCUUCCCAGAUCCUGAAGGACAUGGUGGCCAUGUUGCAUUCUCUUACUGUAUAGCUGAGAUACGUCUUCGAUCUUCCCCUCUUGCCCUGACAUUAUACCAAAGAUGUUCUCACCUACCCAGGGCAGGUGCUCAGGCUGUCCAGGUCUCCAAGGCUCCUGGUUGCCAUCCCUAUUCUCUCUGUGAAUGGAUAACAAACACCAGCCCCUGACAUCUGGAGGAGUCUGGCUUGAUGCACUUAGAUGGAACAGCUUCUGAUUCAGUUCCCAGCCUUUGGCCCUCCUGCAUGUACCUUGCCAACCACACUAUUUAUUUCCUAUAAUUAAGUAAUGGUAGUGUUAGACAUGCCAAGAACACACUGAACCUCUGGAACAAUGUGGUUUUCAUUAUCAUGUAUCUGUUUGCUGAUGUACUGCAAAGUCAAUCUGACCAGAGCUCAUUCUUAGCUCCCAUGGUUUACUCCUUGGAGAGUCCCUUUCUUCCAGGCUGGAGCAGUAUUUUCCUGCCAUCCUGCAUGUGGUGCCCAGAUGCUGCCUGGAGCACCCAGAUGCUGUGGACCAAGAGAUCAUUUUGGCACAACCAUGUCAGGCAGAAACCCUGCCAUCUGUCAGAAACACGUGUCACGGGGUUGACCUCUGGUUCUCCUCCCUAGGGACAGGGGUUUCAGUCGUAUUCAGGGCUGGCCUCACAUUACCCCACCAAAUGGAAUGAAGGUGAUUAGUAAACCCACCUGAGAAAAUCCUCUUAAGUUCUAAGCUUUGUUUGGGCUGUUAAUUGGCUGCUCUCAGAGGGAAGAUUAACAGCUCCUACCUGGUUGUUUGGGGGAGAAAUCACAGUUCCCUGUACCACCACCUUUUUAUUUCCUGUCAUUAGCUUAUUCCCAUUUCUGAGGCAACCCAAUAGUUUUUAUUAGUAAUUGGGAGAAAAAGAAAAGAAACAAAACCAGAGAUUCAAUCUUAUGAGGAUGUAAGGAAGCUUAGUGAAGACAUUGUGCUCUGUCUUAGUCAUAUGAAUCAUAGAAUCAUAGAAUCAUGGGACAGUUUGGGUUGGAAGGGACCUUUAAAGGUCACCCAGUCCAAACCCUCUGCAGUGAGCAGGGACAUUUUGAGCUAGAUCAGGUGAUGCUCUACAAGAUCAUAUUUCUUUGAUAUAUUGUUUGAUUUGAUUUCAUAAUUUGUUUUUUAGUAGUGUUCGUGAGUUAUUUAUUCAUUGUGGCUCCUCUUAGAUUCAGCCCUGCCACUUGUUUAGCUCCCAAGCUGGCAAAAGUCCCAAUUAACCCAAGAGCAGAACUGCCUGAGUUAUUGCUAGCAGGGUGGGCUCACUGUGCCUCAUAAAGUGCUUAAUUAUGUUAGGGAUUAUUUUUGUCUGCACAAUUGCUACAAGGAGGCAGAUUGAAACUCAAGUCAAUAUGCUUAUCUCUUCCACUUGCUCACUUCAAUUUCACCUGCACAGUCUUGUAGUGUAUUUUUAUGUACUCAGUCCUGUGUCAGUUUUGAACCCAAGGUGGCCAAUAUUCACCUCUCCUGACAGAAGUAAUUGAUACCUUUGGAUUUUUAAAUAUUCCUGAGUGAAUUAUACAGUGUAUGCAAAAGUAAACAGUUAUAUAUUUGUUUGAGUAAAUUUGGCCAGGUAUUUUUGGUUCUGGAAAGACUUACAAAUUGAAUGGAUACAAGUGUCCAGUUCCCAUUAAGUCCCUGAUUAUUCCACAGGGACAGCUUUCUUGUCUCUGUUCCCUCAGGUUCUUUCCACAUUGCAGCACAGAGCAGAUAACAAAACUAUCUUUAAAUAAGCUACUAUGGACAGACUAACUGCAGCAGCAUAGAGUUCAGCAUACCCUGUGUCUUGGCAAAAUUAUUUACCUCUCUAGAUGAAUGCUUUGCAAGCAAAUCUACAUAUCCUAAGGAAGACUUUUACAACUCAGAAAGGAGUGACAACUAUGAAUUAAAUUAAUUUGAUCUGCAUAGUGUUCUUGUGGCUGUCUAGAAUUUCUAGUGUCCUGUGUGUAGUUGCCUAUAGUUGUUGUGAUGUGUUAAUUUUUCCCCCUAUUCUGUUGUAAAUUAAUUCAGUGAUACUCCUGGUCUCCAGCCAGUUCUCAGCCAGGCAAAGCACAUGAAAAUGACACCUAGAGGUGAGCUGCCUCAGGAAGACCAAGGGCAACCCUAGGGAUUUGUCCCAGUGCUGUUGCAUGCUCUUGGAGCAUGUGCCCACAGAGCAACAGGUUAAACCUACCUGGUAAAAUGGAAGUAGAUGAUCAGAGGAACCAUUAGAGGAGACAGAGAAUUUGGCAGAGGGUUGUUUAUGUGUUUUGUGCCUCCUCAACCCCAGCACGUGCACCGUUCCCCCUGCUAUUAUCUUCCAGCUAGGAUCUUUCUUGGAUUUUUAGUGUCAGAGUAAAGUUUUCUUAUGCUGAUAAUGCAUUUGUAUUAUGCAACAUGCUCAGAAAAAAAAGAAAAAAAAAGAAAAAAAAUACUAUCUCUCUAUGACUGUCCUCUCCUCUUGAGAAGCUGUUCUCUUCUGUACAUAUGAUAUGCAGAAUGUAUGGGAGUCUUACCAGCAUUGGUUUGCAUUUUUAAAACUGUACUAAUUAAUGUGUGAUACUAGUGUGUUCUCAUAGUGGCAUCUUUGAUGUAAGAUGUAAAAACUAUUUAAAAUUAUUCUUUUUUUGUUGUUGUUCUUGUUCAGCUUUUAGAGAUAGCACCAAGGACUGCAUGUUCACUAGAAUCAGCCUUUUUUCAAGGGCCGCUGUAGCUGCACACAGGGGCUGCUGUUUCACCCAGAGCACAGUCCCUGUGGUCUCAUUUUAAUAGGGGUCAGUUUUGAGUGGAAAUUUAAUUCUUCCUGAAAAGUCUCGUAUCCUCUCUUCCCUCUCUCAGACUAAAGCUUCUCCCUCUAGUGCUGGGUGCCAGUCCUGGCCUGAGGAGCAGACCCACCCAGGGGUGCUCUUGCAGCACCCCGCUGGCCCCAGUGCCAAGCACCCUUGUGCACAUGGUUUUCCUUGCAGCUGCUGGCUAUGCCAGGACAAAAAUGAUGGGUUCACAUUUUAAGACCAUUUGUGGAAGUUACUUAUUGACUGAUUAGUGACUUAUUAACUAAGAUUUUGAGGAAGAGCCUCAGCAGCAAGUCUGGGGUCCGAAUCUUAUUGGAGUUUUCGAUAUAGCAAGAACUUGGGGUCAGUCCCCAAAAGAUGGGACCAUUUGGGGGGUCUUCAUUGCUUAUGAGGUUCAGAGAGGGAAGAGAGGCUCAGAUCCAGCCUUUCAGGCAGGACUGACUUAUUUAAGAAAUCGAGUCUGAGGGAGAUGCUUCUCCAGAUGAUGUCCUGGGACAGAAGACAUGCUGCAGCUUAGGAGGUGGGGUUUUUGGUUUUUAUUUUUCAUUUUUAUUGUUGAGGGUUUUUUUUAAAGCAGAAAUCAGUUCAAACUGCAGCUGGCAAAAUGACUGACUACAAAAGCAUGUUUUUCCUUGUUAUAUAGACACUCACAAAACAGCAUUGUGUGGUUAAAAAGGCUCAUUUGUGAUAGUUUCAUUUUCAGUGCCAAAAUAUAUAAGCAGUAUUGUUUGAAGGGAACUAAGGAUUUUUUUACUGUAUUGUUAUUACUGUUGAACAAAUAUUGUUUUUAAAUGUUAGAUUUUGAAGACUUUUGUAUUGUAAACUGUUUUGUGACAUGGUGCUUUUUCAUACUGGAAUUACUGAUUGCACCUAAAUAUGAAUUAUUUUGUUUUCUUACAUAAAUAUGUAACCUUGAACAAUCUUGAUGAAAACCAAUGUAUGGUGGAUACCAACAGUUCAAACAAAAUCUCCUACUGAAAUCCCCUAAAUGUUCUUUCCUACUAAUAAAUAUUCUGCUGCAGCUA